AUGACCUCUUAUGAAGACACUUUGGUUUUCAUGGUCAGCGAAAAUGGCGAACAAGCUAAGGUUGUCCGUCACUCUGGUUCUACAAAGAAACAAACCAUUCAGUUUGAUAGCAACCACAAAUCUCUAUUCUCACUUGGUUACUGUAAAUGCAUUAAUGAGAACAUAAACUUGGACAUUUGUGUUGCUGACAAUAAGGCCAAAGCAGUUGUGGUGGUCAAUGAGGCAGGAAAACUCCGAUUUAGAUACGAAGGUCCUCCCUCUUCUUCUAAGGGGACCUUUGGUCCAGUCGGCAUCACAACAGACAAUCAGAGUCAGAUCCUGACAGCAGACUGUGACAACAACUGUAUUCACAUCUAG